AUGACCAGCAGCGAGGGCGCAGGGUUUGACGACACUGUGGCCUUGGUGCGUGCGUGCCACGUGGGCCACGAGGCUGCUGUGCGUUUGCUGCUGGCUGAAGGCCUUUCGCCAUCGUCGGUGGAUGCUGACGGUAACUCCGCGCUUUGCCUGGCUGCUGGUGCUGGUCACUCGGCCGUCGUACGGACUCUGCUGGUAGCACGGGCUUCCUUGGAAGAAACCGAUGCGCAGGAGCAAACAGCACUUGCCCUAGCAAGCAUGCGGGGACGAAAGGAAGUAAUUCGAGAGCUGGUCGAUGCCAGGGCCGAUCUGGAAGCCGUGAGUUUGGCGGAUGGGCUUCGUCCUCUCAUGGCGGCAGCUCGAGGAAAUCAAUCUCAGGCAGUCGGCAUGCUACUGUCUUCACGUGCAGCGGUAGAUGCUGCGGAUGAAGACGGUGCAACGGCUUUGAUCUGGUCAGCGAGCUCUGGCAGUGCUCGGGUGCUGCCCCUGCUCCUCGCGGCCAAAGCGCACAUAGAGAGUUGUGAUGCCGAAGGCGCAACUGCGCUCGUCUGGGCAGCCUCAGAAGGUCAGGAUGCAGUAUUAGAGCUGCUGCUCCAGGCUCGGGCUCAGCCAGAUGCCGCAGACAGCUCAGGGCGCACGCCACUCAGCUGGGCUGCAGGCCGCGGGCACGAGGUUUCUGCGAAGGCGCUCCUGAUUGCUGGAGCGGAUGCAAGCAAGAAGGAUGGCAGCGGCCUCUCACCACAGGAGUGGGCAGCAGCGGAGGGCUGCGAGGAUGCAUUCUUGAGGUGGAGAUCAAGCUGGCUUGAUCCGGCCCUUGACUACAUCGAAGGCGGCAAGCCGAAAACGGAUUCUCACCUCAAUGAGGCCGGUGCUCAGAAAUCAACCUGGCUGCUGGUGCUUGUUGCCCUGGAUAUGCAACAGGCAAGCAAUGAGUACUUCGAGGAAGAGAUCAAGGCUUCAACAAGAAACUUUGAUCCAAGCUGUUUGCUUGGCUCGGGGACUUUUGGCAGUGUUUACCGCGGUACGAUGAGGGAUGGGACUGAGGUUGCAAUCAAGGUCCUGCAGGUACCAGAGGAAGCAGGCUUUGAGGAAGAGAUCAAGGUUCUGUCGAGGUUUCGGCAUCCCAACCUGGUCAUCCUCAUGGGCUUUGCCAGACAUGCAGCCACGUCGCCAGCGGCCUGUUUGUCGGCCACCCUGCUUGGGACGUACCAACAAACGGAUCCUUCUUUACGUUGA